AUGAGACUGCUCGCUUUCCUCGUCGCCGCGCUCAGCAUCGUCUGCGCUGCCGUCGCCGUUGAUGUUCAGAAGUCGGUUAUCAUCACCUACCCAGCAGAUACCCCGAACUCGGUAUUGGACCAGGCAAAGCAGGCAAUCCGGGAGGGAGGCGGCGUUAUUACGCACGAGUAUCAGUUGAUCAAGGGCUUUGCUGCGAAGGUUGGAGAGAAAGUCCUCGAUACGGUGACUGCAUGGGGGAAGCCGUACAAUGCCCUGAUCGAGGAAGACCAGCUCGUCUCGUCGCUAUAA